AUGAUUGGAGCCUAUUCUCGGGCCCACCGGGCCAAAGAGGCCCUGUCCUUAUUCCACGAGAUGCAAGCGGCCCGAAUCGAGCCCGAUGAGGUCAACAUGGUCAGCUACCUUUCCGCAUGCUCACAGCUUGGUGCCCUUGACCCCGGGAUAUGGGUCCAUAACUACAUACAAAAAAACAAUCUCUCCAUGAACGUCAUUCUCGGGACAACCCUAGUUGAUAUGUACGCCAAAUGCGGAAGCAUCACGCACGCACUCGAGGCUUUCCACGAGAUUCCCGGCAAAAAUUCUCUGACUUACACCGCCAUAAUCUGCGGGCUGGCUUUACAUGGAGAAUCAAAACGGGCCCUUUCUUACUUUACGGAGAUGAUAAAUUUGAGAUUAAUGGCGGACGAGGUGACUUACUUGGGCGUUCUAUCCGCGUGCUGCCAUGGAGGCUUAGUCGAAGAGGGUCGGAAGGUAUUUUCUCGAAUGAGCUCGAAAUACAAAGAAAUGCCUAUGGAGGGAGAUGGCGCGAUAUGGGGAGCUCUGUUUUUCGCGUGCCGAAUGCAUAGAAAUUUGGAGUUGGGAGAAAAAGCGGCGAAAAAGUUGCUGGAGCUUGAUGAGGGUGAUAGUGGGAUAUAUGAGGAGGCUGAGGAGGUAAGGAGGGUUAUGAGGGAGAGAGGGGUUGAUAAGAUGCCCGGGUGCAGCUUGAUUGAGGUUGAUGGGAAUGUGCACGAGUUUGUGGUGAGGGACAGGUGGCAUCCCGAGAGAAGGCGGGUGCAUGAGUGUUUGGUGAGGUUGUCAAGGCAGAUGGAGGUUUUGGAGGAUGUGUUUUUCUUGGACGGUUGA